GAACGUGCGCAUCCAACUUUUUGUUUUUGGCUCCACCGGUGACAAGUUCUCCAGCUGCUGCUUCGUCACGUUUGGAGGAAAAAAAAAACUUUUAAUUCUUCAACUUCAAUUUAUUCACAAUUGCCUGAAUCUGCUUCGCACGGAGACGCACGGUCACAUCUGGACGCAGCUUCCUCCUCCUGGUGCAAACCUGACUCCGUUCAUGCUCGAGACCUCGGUCCAGCCCUGACCGUCUCACAACCUGCCUUAACACACAAAAGUCACACACACAACUGACGCAGCCAGACAUUUAACUGGCCUGAGCAACGGGCAAGAAGCAGCAGAGAAGUUCGCAGAAGGGGCCGCCAUGUUGAUCAUCUUAGCCUUCAUCAUCCUCUUCCACCUGGCGGCAGCCGUCCUGGUCUUCGUCGCAACCAUUCACAAUGCGUGGUGGGUGGUGUCGCCUGCUGGACGAGAAGUCAUCUUCACUGAUCUGUGGUACUCCUGCAACACCACCUGCUUCCCCGUGGAGAACAGCCACACGACUGAUGCAGCCUACCUGCAGGCCGUCCAGGCCACCAUGAUCCUGGCCACCAUUUUAUGUUGCGUCAGCUUCUUCGUCUUCAUCCUUCAGCUCUUCAGGAUCCAACAGGGCGAGAGAUUCAUCUUCACAGCUGUUAUCCAACUUCUGGCCUCUCUAUGUGUGAUGAUCGCCGCGUCCAUCUACACGGCUCAGAAGAAGACCUUCCACGUGCCAAGUCUUCAGAACGGCUCUUACGGCUCCUCUUACAUCCUGGCCUGGGUCAGCUUCCCCAUGACCCUCAUGAGCGGCCUCAUGUACCUGGUGCUCAGGAAGCGCAAAUAAGCCGGGACGGGCCUGCACGCCGCGUCUCGACAAUAUUCAAAUGUAGAAAUAGGAACACUUGGACACAAAUACUUAAAAGACGAAUACAUUUCCUCAACAAACGUACCUUCACACGCUCUCUGUCUAACCCGUAGAUUUUCUAAUAGCAUUGGAGAUAAGGAAGUGUGCCAGAAAUGUCAGAUCCAUUUGAAUUUACUGUAAAGUCUCAGGUUCAGAGCCAAAUGUACUUCUGUCCACUUCACCCACUCAAAUCCCUGAAUAGUCCCCCCCCCCCUCCCCUCCUCUCUGAUGCUGCGUUGUUCUCACUGAAUGUGGUAAAGAUGCAUCCGGACUCCCUCUGUGUGUGUUUAUACACACUGAUCUGCCUCAUUAUCUCUAAAUCUCCAAACAAGUGCCUCAGAAGUUUGGCCGACGGUCGACAAACCCUCUGUGCCUCUAAAACGUUGAAAUCAAGACAUAUUCACAUUGAUUUUGAAUAUCUGGUCUGAAAGAGUUAACUGACUUGUUCCUGCCGGGUACACACGACUCGAUACGUUCAUUUGCAUUGAGCCAAGGUCAGAUCUGCUCGAUGCAAAUGCAGCCACUCACUUACAAGCCCACACACAAGGUAGAUAUACACUCGCUGAGAUUUGGGUCAGAAUCAGAGCUCCCUCUAGAUUUCUAGUUAAUUCUUUACACUCCAUGUACCUGUAAUCAGAGGGGAAACAUCGGGCUUUGGUCGGGUUCGGUCAUAAAAACAGAAAGACUGUCAGUUAGUCUUCUCUCGAGCUCAGUCGGGUUCGGGCAGGAAAUUGCAGCCCCAGCCCCACUCCACUGAGAACAUACCUUGACUGCCCUGUUCCCUCCUUCCCCCUUCAGCCAAUACACACGAGAGGAUCUCUGUUCCACAACAAUGAUUUGUCUCCCCUGUUGUCUCACCGUCUCCUGGUUCCCUCUCACAUCAUUCUAUGUUUAAAAUGUCUGAUAAUAACUAUAUACAUUGAAGAAGAAGGAAAGUGGGUGAAUGUUUCCUCACCGGGACACAACCCCUGGACUUUCCAAAGGGUCCAUGCUUCGUUUCUCUUUGUGAAGCUAUAUAUAAGCUUUAUUUUGUACAUAAUACGUUUUUGCUGUGUAUGUAUAGUUCAGGCAAUUGCCAAAAAACCUAUUUCUGAGACUGAACUGUAGUCUGUGUGUAUUCUCCAGUGUAGUGACGCAGUAGUGGAGGUAGGAUUUGAACCCUUUGUUUGUAAUCUCAUGUUACUGACUUGUAUUUUAUUGGUGACAGAGGAGCCGAUGAUGGUGCUGUGACAUUUGGGAUUUAAAAAUAACAAAAUAGAAAACGUGCAAACUUGAACUAAGUACGAACUUCUAUUUGUUAUAAAAAAAAUAGACAAAACACUAUUUAUUGUUUAAAACCACUGUUUGACUUUUAGCAUGUGACAGGGGACGUAUGAAGAUAGAACGUUUUCCCUCUCUGACCAAUCUACUGUUUGUUUUUCGGUCCAUUGCUUAAACAUCUCCAGCAUCAAUAUGGACGCUGUUCUCGUUAUUAUUUCUUGCUUCGGUAUUUUUGCAGUAUAGAGAUAAUGUUGGAUCCCACAGGCAGUAACCUUGGAGCUGCUACAGGACCAGAAUGAUAUCUAGGAAACAGACAAACACACACAAAGGGUCAGUAGUGCACCGGGUUGUUGAAAGUUCCCGUUGGACGAACUCUGGACCACGAAGCCUGGCAACACAACAGCUCACCAAAAAAGAAAACGAAGAAGAAGAUUCAGGGAAGGGACACGGAAGUGAAGGAUUUGCUCUGCCGUCUCAAGAUGAUACUUGAAAUCGAUCAAAACAACGUCUUGGAGGCCGAGAUCAUGAUUUUCAUUGUUGUUCAUAACUUUUCUCGUGACAUCUUAAAAGUGUUAAACUAAAUCGUCGGCCUCCUGUUUGCAUGCAAAUCCCCUCUUUAACUUAUAACUUGGAUUUUUUUUUUUUUUUGUGAAAUACAGUUUAUCGUAGAUUUUGUAAAGUUUUCUUCUAGGUAGCUUUGAUUUGAUUUCAUAACCGAUCUAAAUUGUGGAUAAAUCGACAACUUGAAACCUAAAUUAUGUGCGUUCGCUGUUGCUGAUAAUUCAAUAGAAACCACAGCAAUCUGUCUUAAGACGCUGAUUCGUUAGAGCUACUAUUGAUUUAGAAUUGGAAAUGUUGUGUGUUAUGGUUGUGAUACUUUUUACUGUGGUGUGUUGAGUGUGUCAUUGUAGAUCAAUGCAGAUCUAUACCAAUCACUACAAGGCCAUACUGACACAUGAUCACAUCACUUGUGGAAGUCAAAAUUACAUUCACGGGGAUUUGUUUUUUUUAAAACUUAUGUUGCAGUUGAAUUAUUUCUAUUUCUGAAUGAAGUAUUGAUUAUCUAUUGAUCGAGUCUUGUGUUGUUUUAUGAUGGAGAUGCGGUGGUCGACAUUUUUCCUCAAAUGUGACGCAGGUUUAUUAAAGAAUGUCAAAUGUGAGUGAAUCUGCUUGUGACAGUCGCUCUCACGCUUUUUCAUUCUAUUUCAGUCACUAUUUAUUGUGAUCAGUGCUUUAGAUGCUAUUGACACCCAGUGGACCGACAGAGAACUACACCACAUGUGUCGCUGCAGGCCACAGAUUAGACAGAAAAGAACAAACUGGUCUCUGCUCGGUGAAGAAACUGUCAACAGGUUCAGGAACAAAGAAUUAAUCUCCUCUGCAAGAAUCACCAGGUGCUUUUAUUCCCCCCCCUCUGCUCCCCCAUCCAGCAGAUGUAGAUCUCAAUAAAUGUGUUUUACAAUAAAUAAAAUGUCCUUUGUUUGUGCUGA